AUGGAAGACGAUACUCAGGAUGGGCCGUUUACUGUAUGGCAAAUGUUUAAUGCACCAACCAUGGUCUUGUUUAAUAAUUUGGAACAUGCAGCUGAUGGUUUAGAUAGACUUUUAACUUCGAUAUUAAAGUUAUCAGGCGAUUUUUCUGAGGUGUUGGUCCCAAGACCUGGUUCUUCAAAAUAUCCAGAUUCAUAUUACAAUGCAUUUAAUACUUGGUUGAUUGGCAGAUUAUUUUAUGUGUGGUCUGUUAAGGAGUUAAACAGAAUACACAUCACCAGUAAAGAUGCUCAAUUAAAAAUACUAAAUAUACUAUGUAUGAAUGCUGCAUCAUUUUAUAAUAAACUACAUUCUGAAUAUUUCAAAAUACUUACUAAGCUUAUCGAGUAUUACAAAGAGAAUCCAAGGGAAGCCUCAAAUGAAAUGAUACUAGAAAACUUUACUCCUGAAAAAGUCAAUAUUUCUAAUGUGCAGUUAAACUUGGAACCAAUAUAUGUAGUUGUCAAAGAUCUCAGAACUUGUAUAACAUUAAUUGAUUUUACUUUGCAACUACUUUCAGACAGCUUAGCAACAAAUUCCAUUCACAUUAUUAAAAAUAAAACAGAGUAUGAAAAAUUAUUCAAAGAAAUAUUGUAUACACUUGACCAUUUCAAUGUUAAUAUUAAGUUAAUCACAGUAAGGUUUUUCAUCAAUUUAAUUAAUAAUUAUGAUCAAAUUGGUAUUUGCAAAUUUAAUAGAUGUUUCCCAAACAUCUUUCUUGAUUUUGAAAAUUCUCUUGAAGCUAUUGUAAAAUCAACAAGUUUAUACUAUGAAAAAGGUGAAAUUGAUGCUAUAUAUUUAGACAGUUUUAAUAAAAUAUUAAUUACAUUAAUGAUAAAGGAAGAAAAUUGCAUUGAGAAUGGUAAUGACAUUGUUCUUCUGAAUAUAUGUUCAGUUAUUCUUAGGACACAGGGCAACAAGAUAUUCAAUAAUGAUUUAAAAUUAAAAUGCUUAUCAUUAAGUAAAAGAUUAGAUUUUUCGAGGGAUAUCAUUGACUUGUCAAAUCUUGAUGCUGCUGAAAUCGAAACCCUCAAAGAUUAUUACUGUAAGCAAAUAUUACAGCACAUUGAUAUGAAUAAAAAAGAUGAGAGAACUAUCAAUUUCAAAGAAAACUGGUUUUACAAUCAAACACUAAAUGUUAUUAUGGCUCUAAAGACUUGUGAAGAUCAUAAAAUUGAUAUAUUUUUGAUCAGCUAUCAUUUGAAGAGGUGUUUUUCGGGUUUAGCAAUACUACAGAAUGUUUGUAUACAUAAUUACAGCCUGCAAGGAAGAUCUAAUAUAGCAAUACUAUCAAAAAAUGACGUCCUUACAAUUUGGAGUUCAUUACUGAAAAUUUUAGAAUACCAUAAAAGUAUUAUAAUUGGUGAUAGUAUUUGUUAUAGCUCCUUCAUGAAUAUACUUUUAAGUACAGUUAUUUUAUAUAGGAGUAUACCUAAAGAAGAAUCUAGCAAAGUACUACAAUUACUAUGUCUACAAACCACACCACAGUUUUCUGAACUAAAUUUAGGAUACAGUGACAACAUCAAAUUAAUUAUCUUAAGGUAUAUGAUGAUUGUACGACUUACCUUGAAUGUUAAACUCAGUGAUGUUUGGGUCAGAAUCAUAAGUAACUUAGUGAACAGUUUCAUAAAAAAUAAGAGUUUAAAUAUGUAUAAAGAAAUAAUAUCCUUAUGCCCACUUCUAGUAUUAAACAAAAUAUUAUCAGCAAGUAAACUGAUCGGUGACAUACUGAUGCCAGCCUUCCUUACAAAAGACCCUAAUAUCCAGAAAGAAGUUGCUGAAGUCAUAUCAGUGAUGGCUUGCAUGACAUUGGAUUCUUAUAAUGUUAUCAUUUGUGUACCACAAAAUUGCUAUGGGCAUCACUUGUUUACCAACAUCAAGAUAAAUCUGCUACUGGUUUGUUCUAAAUGUCAUAUUUUAGAUAAAAGCAGACAUCCUAUUGAAUUUUUAAAGAAAAUUAAUAAGUACAAAAUUGAAAUAUAUUCAGAAUCUAAUGCAUACACACCAAGUCAGCAUUCUACUAUUACUAGUCUUAAAAACUUGUUUGUGAAAUUUUUGAACUGGAAGCAAUACGUGGAUGUAGAAAAUGGCUACUGGGAUCUCUUAAGUAGACUUUGUAAUCACUUCUAUGUGCUUGAGUAUGGAGUUUCUGAAGAACUUUUAAAUGAAGAUAAUGCAAAACAUGUUUUAAGAGCUUUUGGGUCUAUGGUUAAUGACAAUUCAAUAAAUGAAGAUUCAGAAAAGAACUCCCAGUUGGAAUCGGCAUUCAGUUUAUGUGUCAAUAUACUUGUUAAAUCCACACAAAUAAGUUUAGAAACUAAUAAUCACACACAGCAGACAGACACACUAAAUCUUAUAAGGGACUUUGGUCUAUGUUCCAAUACCAAAGUCAUAUUGCCGGCUACAAAGCUUUUUGUUUACUUCAUCAUGCAUCCGCAAUGUUCUCUUGGUCCAAAAGCAGUAGUAAGUCUUAGAGAUGUGUGUGAAAGCCAUGAAUAUACCCCAAAUCAAGUUUAUCAUCGAUACAAAAAAGAUUAUUGCAAAUUAUUUGUGGAAUGCAGCUUAUACAGUGGAAAAGAAUUCGCUAUUUCUUUGUUAAAGGUUGUAAGAGCAUUCGGAUUUGUAGGGUAUCGGGAUUUCAUUUCUAAGGACGUCCAUCAUUUUUUACCUUAUUUAAUGCCUUAUGCCGUUACGAUCAAAGAAGUCCCUUCUAUGAUUGAGGAAAUUGCGUCUUUAGUACAAUGUUCUGUAUCGGAUUUUCUCAUAGAAAGGUUCCCACACAUUUACGUUCAUGUAUAUUUAAAUGAAAGUAAGGAAGUCGGUAAGAAAUGCUAUGCUAUCAUUGAGAGGUUAACAAAAACACCGGUAUUGAAUUUAAUCAGGAGACAUUUCAGGGUUAUACUGACGGAAUUUUUACUACAAUAUUGUUGCGACUCAGAAAAGGUAUUGAACGCUUGUAGAUAUCUUUCUUGUCAUGACCCUGAUGUAUCAGCACCCUCUGGAAACAUGAGUAUAAGCACAUCGCAAAUUGCAGACUUCUUGAACCCGAAAUUUUUAGGAAUCCUAGCAUAUUUUGAUCACAAACUGGUGAACGCUAAAGUAGCAUUGUCAGUGAAGCGAAAAGCAUUGAAAAGCUUUCCCGAUAUAAUGCAAUUGAUGGGAGUUAAGUACUUGACACCGUUGAGAUUUAAAGUGCUUGCGACGUUGAGAUCUGCUCUUCCAUUGGCUAAAGAAUUUCCGAAGAUUUUGGCCGAGGCCUGGGGUGCAUUCAUUUAUAAUAUCGAUACCAUUUUCUUAGGACCGCUAUUAUCUAACUUAGCAGUGUCACUUCUCCAACAAUUAGAUUACGCUCCUCAAGAAAUCAAUAAAAUAUUCCAGUACUUAGUGUUGAGUAAUGAGAAUUUGUUGAGCUCUCACAUAUCUGACCUAUUCUUUUUGGACGAUACUAAAGUAUCAGAAAAAAUAAAGAUAGUUAUAAAGAGGCAUGUAAAGAGGACACAACCUGACGGUUUUUUAGACAAAAUAAAAUGGUACUUGUUACACUUAAACCAUGAUAUACCCAGAAUAAAAGCAUUUGCGUUCUCCCAUUUGGAUAAGCUCUUGAAGAGUAAUAGGACUGAGAUACACAAAGCAAUAUUUGGAGGGAAAAAUAUCGACCCUCUUAUAGUAGAGCUCAUUGAUUCCUUGCUUCUUGGUUGUAAAGACUCAGAUAGUGAAGUGAGCCUGACAAGUGGUGCGUGCUUAGGUCAACUAGGUGCUAUAGAAGCAGGCCAUCUACCUCGUCAAUACGUCGAAGCCGAUAGGUCGCCUUUUGCAUUCUCUAUAGGCGACAGCUGUUUUGCUGCUACUGCGCUUGUCGAACUUUCCAGAGCUUUUCAAUAUGAGAAGGAUACCAUGAAUAUGGAUUGCUAUGCUCUAACAAUUCAAGAGAUAUUGAAGGUCUACGACAUUUCUCCUGUCGGCAGUAAGAAAGAUGUUUGGGACAGUUUCCCAGAACAUAUGCAUCAAAUAAUGCAACCUUUACUAAGUUCAAGAUAUACACUGGCGUAUCCAUCUCAGCCUAAAAAAGCGCACCCCCUAUUUGGGUCUGCUUACGCGACGACUUUUUUGGAAUGGGCUCAUAAUUGGGCAGGUCAACUCAUUCCUCUAAUAGAAUCUGAAAGCAUUCGCGACCUCUUGCGGACAGUGCACCCGAGCAUGCGUCGUGACGUCAGAACAUUAUUUUUAUUCCUACCCUAUGUGUUGCUACAUGCUGUUAUGUCUAAGAACAACGCUCAAUAUAUAGAAGAAGAAAUUCUAGCUGUUAUCAGUUUGGAGAACUUUGACAACGAAAACACUGUAGCAGCGGAAAGGUCCAAGUAUAAAAUACUUCGUCACAUCAGAAUGACACCCAGUAUCAAUUCUGUACAAGCCGAGGAAGGCAAUCAGAGCAAAUGCAGUAAAACUAUAUACACCUUGCUAGAUUUUUUGAACAGAUGGCUAUUGGAGUGGUGCCAUUCAAAGCAAAGACCACUGGAUAAUGACAAUUACAAGGCAAUAUCAUCAUUCCUAGAUAAAUUUGACAAGCUGACUAUAGCCCGCGGCAACUUCGUCUGCGGCGAAUUAGAAAGAGCGUUACAAUACUUAGAGUUGUACAUGGAUGAUCAGAAAGACAAGAUGCAAGAACAACUGCCAUUUCUAGCUGAAAUAUACGCAUUACUUGAUGAACCGGAUUCAGUGGCUGGCAUAUUAUCUAUGAAAAGGUCUGAACCUUCAUUGAAAGAAUUAAUACUGGCUCAAGUAGUGACGGGUCGCUUACAAGACGCAGCGCUUUGUUACGAACGCUUAGCGCAGGAGGGACAAUUGGAUAGACGUAGUUUACAGGGCAUGAUAGACUGCUAUCUUGGGCUAGAUCAACCAUUUACUGCAUACCGUUUAUUGAGUGAACACGAAUCCGAAGACGAUAUGAUGGAGUUGUCAGCCGAACCGUUGUGGCGGCUCGGUAGAUUUGAACAACUUGAAGAGUUGGUCAAAAAACCUGUUCCACCGUCUAAAGAAAACUGGGGCCUUCUAAUGGGUAGAAUCCUCCUAGCCUACCGCAAAGAAGAUCAUAGUAAUUUUCUUAUUUCUUGUAAAGAUACAACAAUUAGACUGUUAGCUCAAAUGGACGGUGAAAGUAAGGGAGAGAGUGCUUUGAGGAGUGGUUAUCAAAGUGUACUAGGACUGCACAUUGUGACCGAAACUGGACACGCCGAAGAAUUAUUGCAAAGGUUAAAGGAACUAAGAGAUGGAGAUCGAGAAAGUGGUGAAAUAUUGAAACAAUUACUAGAUGAAUGGCGAAGACGGUUGUCGGUUGUGCAGUCUGACGUGAGAACGAUCGAGCCCCUGCUUAGACUACGCAGGAUACUUUUGCAGCAAUCACAGCAAAUAUUAGAGCCGACGCAUCCCAUGACGUCCAACAAAUUGAAAGCCUGUAUUGGUGAUCUUUGGUUACAAAGUGCAAAAUAUGCAAGGAAAGCUGGAAUUUUUCAACAGUCGUACAUGUAUAUUUUAAACGCAGAAGAAUAUCAACCAGAAGAAUUAUUUAUAGAGAAAUCUAAAAUGUACUGGGCGCGUGGUCAGUAUGAACAAGCAUUCACAACUCUACGUCGAGGGUUAGACGAUACGUACCCUAUGUUAGAACAACUGAAUAAUGACCAAAGAAAAAUUUGUGCCAAGGCCAAGUUGCUCAUUGCUAAAUAUAACGAUGAAACUACAAACGUUGAUGUGGAUGUUAACAUUGGAUAUUACAAAGAAGCCGUAGACGUUUUUAAGCAGUGGGAGAAGAGCUUGGUGUGCUUAGGCGCGUAUUAUGAGAAGGUGAGCACCAGCGAUGGGACUAGUGCUGGGACAAUGUGGUCCCGACGUUUAUACGCUCUCAACAGUUACGGCAAAGCGCUGCAGUACGGUCACAAGUAUUUGUAUCAGAGUAUGCCAAGGAUGCUUUCUAUAUGGUUAGAUGUGGAAGUAACUUCCUCGGACACAAAUGCUCAUUCAGUGCUAGCACAAAUGACAGAUAUUAUUAAGACUUACUCAGAAAGAUUACCUUUGUAUCUUUACUUAACAGCUUUCUCGCAAAUAGUAUCAAGAAUUUGUCACCCUGUUAAAGAGGUAUAUCUUCAACUAAAAGCUAUAAUAGUAAAACUAAUACUGGCAUAUCCACAACACACUUUAUGGAUGAUGAUGUGUGUGAUAAAGUCGGGCUAUGCUCAGCGCAUCAAGCGAUGCGGUGAUGUGUUCGCGGACUCUCGGCUGAAGGAACCGCACAUGUUGAAACUAGUCAGCGAUUUCACGUUACUCGCGGAGAAAUUGAUAGAACUUUGUAAUAAACCAAUAACUGGCAACUCUUCCACAACAACGGUGUCGGCCUUGGUCAGAAUAUUACCACGUCUUCUAUCUGGAGACAACUUCAGCCAUAUAAUGAUGCCCUUCCAAGAGUUCUGUAAGAUUGUGCUACCAUCCAAGGCGGCGCGGCAAGAGCGCAUUCAUUUUAACAUACCCACUGAACCGCCUGUGUAUAUUGCUGGUAUCGAGGAACAAAUUAACAUACUACCAUCUUUGCAGAAACCGAGGAAAGUUACAUUAAAAGGUUCCGACGGCAAAUCUUACAUAAUAAUGCUGAAACCUCGAGACGAUCUUCGAAAAGACUAUCGAUUGAUGGAGUUUAAUGGAGUAGUGAAUCGAUUUCUACAAGAUGCACCAGAGACUCGGCGGCGUAGACUUUAUAUACGGACAUACAGUGUGCUGCCGUUAAAUGAAGAAUGUGGUCUUAUAGAGUGGGUGCCCAAUUUGGUUGGAUUGAGGCCGAUACUGGUGCAUAUUUACAAGCAAAAAGGUAUUCACACAAGCAAUCGUGAAUUAAAGGAAAUGAUGUGUUCCAACAAGGACCCGGUUGAGAAGAAGAGGCGAAUUUACGAAGAACAACUGCUGCCUCGACAUCCACCUGUUUUCCAAGAAUGGUUCCGAAGAGUCUUCUCUGAUCCUUAUGGAUGGUAUCAGGCGAGAUCGGCUUACAUAAGAACUACUGCCGUUAUGUCCAUGGUUGGAUAUAUAUUGGGUUUAGGCGAUAGACAUGGAGAAAACAUAUCUUUUGAUUCGACCAAUGGUGAUACAGUACACGUGGACUUCAACUGUUUAUUUAACAAAGGCGAGGCGUUCGAAUGGCCGGAGCGCGUGCCUUUUCGUCUCACGCACAACAUGGAGGCUGCUAUGGGACCGCUCAGACAUGACGGCAUGUUCAGGAAAAGUUGCGAGGCAGUGAUGCGGGCGCUGCGAGCCCAGAUCGGCGCGCUCAUGUCGGUGGUGGGCCCCUUCGUGUACGACCCGCUCGUGUCGUGGGGCCGCGCGCGCCCCGUGGACGCGGCCGAGCGCACCAACGAGCAGGCGCUGCAGCACUUGCAGCACAUCAAGCAGCGCCUCAACGGCAUGGUACGGACGAAAAACAAACAGCUGUCACUAUCGUUGUCUCCAGAAGGCCAGGUGGAACAUCUGAUAGUAGAAGCUACCAGCAUUCACAACCUAUGUCAAAUGUAUAUUGGAUGGGGCCCGUUUAUGUAA